CUUAGAUUUGGCGAGAUGAUUGCACUUUUCGUGUUGUGUUUCUCCGUGGUGUCUGCGGGACCCAGUGUCCUUAGAAAUGUUCUGGAUUCCCCGUCCGGGCUAGCAGCAAUGUUCAAGCAACAUGUCAGUUCCCAGGGUAAAUACUACGCUCCGUCCGAGAUGAACUUCAGGCUUAGAGUCUUCAGGACCAACAUCCAGGAGAUUGUGGACUGCAAUGAGAAACAAGCCUACUCAUGUGAAGUAAACCAGUUCUCAGACCUCACAGCUCAGGAGAGGAAACGAUUCCUAGGUCUGAAGAACAUGACAGACAGUUUCUCACCCAAGACAAAGCCAAGAUCACAGGGUCUACGAGCAUCAACCAGUGUUGAUUGGAGAGAAUCCGGAGCUGUUACUAAUGUCAAGGACCAAGGAGAGUGUGGAUCUUGCUACGUAUUCUCUGCUGCCGGAUCUCUAGAGGGAGCUUACAAGAUCUCCACUGGAGUUCUCAAGUCCUUCUCUGAGCAGGAACUUCUGGACUGCACUUACGAGGCUGUGUAUAAUGACUAUGAUGGAUGUGAUGGUGGUUGGUACAAUGAUGCAUGGGAUUACGUCAGAAGAUCAAAGCAUCUCUCAUUAGACUCAGACUACAAAUAUGUUGGCAAGGAUGGGAAGUGUAACAAAGAUGCACCAAAUUCCCUGACAGAAGGGUCCAUCAAGAAGUACGUGGAAGCAGUUGCCGGUGAUGACAACCUCGCCUCAGCUAUUGCAAUUACACCUGUGUCAGUAGCAAUGAUCUUUACUGGAGACGCUUUCCAAUACAAAUCAGGUGUAUACGAUGGUCUAAAGGACUGUUCCUGCGAGUUUGACCCAACAAACCACGCCCUUGUAGCAGUUGCGUUCACUCCUGACACCUUCGUCAUCAAGAAUAGUUGGGGGGCAAGUUGGGGAGAUAACGGUUACAUAACCAUCAGCAGAGGUCUCAACACAUGCCGGGUAUCUGACUAUGUUUACUAUCCAGUGGUGAGAGCAAGUGAUGAACCGACCAACGAACCACCAACUUUUAUACCAACACCUGGACCAAAUUGCAGGGAUUCAAACCCUAACUGUGACAUGUGGUUUGGAUGGGGUGAAUGUUACAAUAACCCAGGUUACAUGCUGGAGGGUUGUGCCAGAUCCUGUCAUCAGUGCGUGUGUGGUGACAACCAUGAACGUUGCGACCGAUGGGCUAGUGAAGGUGAAUGUGAUGCUAACCCUGACUGGAUGAACAUUCACUGCCGAAAGGCUUGCAAAAUCUGUGAUGAUUCGAACCCAACACCACAGCCGACACCAAAACCCUCUCCUGGACCUACUUCUGAUCCCACACCAAAGCCUACACCUGGACCCACUCCUGACCCACCAACACCAACCAUUGAACCCAAACCCACUCCUAGCCCUGACUGCAAAGACAAGAGUAGUGAUUGCCCACAGCGAGCACUAGCAGGGGAAUGCUACACAGCCCGUGAUUGGGACGCCAUCUUCGAGGAAUGUCCUCUAUCCUGUCAUCAGUGUCUCUGUGGAGACAACCACAAAGACUGUCCUAGCUGGACAGAAAAUAACCAGUGUGCAGAGAAUCCAGGAUGGUUGCUGAGACAAUGUAGAAAAUCGUGCAAACAGUGCUCUUCUGAGGCAUGUAAAGAUAAAGACGACAAGUGCCCACAAUUAGCCAAAGCUGGAGAAUGUUAUACUCACUACCCAUGGUCAGACAUGUUUGAAAAAUGUCCAAAAUCAUGCCAUCAGUGUGAAUGUGGAGACAACUUCUCAGCUUGUGAAGAAUUUGCAAACAGAGGCGACUGCAGUGCAUCCAAAGACUGGAUGUCACAUCACUGUAAAAAAGCUUGUGGAUUCUGCAUCUAGUUUAUAAUUGUAUCAAAACUCAUUCAGAGUAUUGGUAGAAUUUCUGUAUUGAUCUUAUGAAUUGGAAAAAAAA